AUGCAGCAGAGUCAGCAGAGGCUUAAGUCGAUGCUGAAAACGCAGCUGCAGGCGCAAAUCCUGAGCGAGCUGCAGCUGCACAGCGACAGCAUCAAGAGUCCGGACAAUGGCUUCAGCGAGGAGCAAGUGGAGGAGCCAGCGCUGGUCAAUGGCUAUGUARAGGCUCCRCAGGAGCAAAGAGUUGAGCAAGAACAGAAAACCACAGCAAGCGAAGUCGGGGAGGAGCAGAAAACACCCGACAGCGGCACAGAUGAGGUGGACAAAUGCAGCAAUCUGACUGUGAACGUGGAGCUGGCACAGGUGGAGCGGGCGCAGCAGGAUGUCGAGGAGGCCGAGGCGGAGAAGUCGCGCCACAGCCAUGGCAUCGACACCACAGACGACGAGGACGACUGUCGGCCGCAGCGUGUGCGACGCUGCUCCUCKCUGAAGACGGGCAAGACGCCGCCGGGCACGCCGGGCCGCAAGAAGAUCGUGCGCUUCGCCGACGUGCUSGGCCURGAUCUGGCGGAUGUGAAAACGUUCAUGGACGAAAUACCCACAAUACCGAAGUCAGCGUUCGAGGAUUUGGAAAUACUGGACACAGAGCCGCCGCUGCAGCUGGGGCCCAAGUCCGAUAAGAUCUUGAUGCCGCUGUUCCAGCAGCCGGGCGGCCUGCCCACAUUCCUCGAUGCGGUGCGCGAGAAGCAGGUGUCGCUGGAGAAUGCCGCUGUCACCGACAACAUCAAUCAGACAAUCGCCGGCACGGUGCGGGUGCGCAAUCUGGACUUUCACAAAUCCGUGCACAUACGCUACUCGCUGGACGGCUGGCGCAGCUUCGCCGAUCUGCAGGCCAACUACGUGGAGAACUCGUGCGACGGCUUCUCCGAUAAGUUUACGUUCGUGCUCUUCGGGAACUCGCUGCAUGUGGGGCAACGGCUGGAGUUCGCCGUGCGCUUUCAGUGCAAGGGCCAACAGUUUUGGGAUAAUAACUAUGGCGCCAACUACUGCUUCCAGUGCUUGCCCAGCUCGACUCACACGGCAUCGCCGGCGUCUGUGGCGAAUGGCGCCGUGCCGUCGCACCAUGGCAGCAAUUUGGUCGGCCUGCUAAGCCCCACGGUGGGCGAUGCCUGGUGCAGUUCGUUCUACUAAACUAAA